AUGUCAGAUGAUGAGAGAGAUGAGAAGGAGCUGGAUCUAAGUUCUCCUGAUGUUGUAACAAAGUACAAAAGCGCUGCAGAGAUCGCCAACAAGGCUCUGCAGUUAGUUAUUUCGGAAUGUAAACCUAAGGUCAAGGUUGUAGACAUUUGUGAGAAAGGGGAUUCGUUCAUUAGAGAGCAAACUGGUAAUAUGUACAAGAAUGUCAAGAAGAAGAUUGAGAGAGGUGUUGCUUUUCCAACUUGCAUUUCUGUAAACAACACCGUGUGUCAUUUCUCUCCUCUUGCUAGUGAUGAAACGGUUUUAGAAGAAGGGGAUAUAUUGAAAAUUGAUUUGGCGUGUCAUAUUGAUGGGUUUAUUGCUGCUGUGGCUCACACACAUGUUCUUCAAGAGGGGCCUGUUACAGGACGUGCAGCUGAUGUUAUUGCUGCAGCAAACACUGCUGCUGAAGUGGCCUUGAGGCUUGUUAGGCCUGGAAAGAAGAACCAAGAUGUAACUGAUGCGAUUCAGAAGGUUGCUGCUGCCUAUGAUUGUAGGAUUGUUGAGGGCGUUCUUAGCCACCAAAUGAAACAAUUUGUGAUUGAUGCAAAUAAGGUUGUGCUAAAUGUAUCUAAUCCAGAUACAAGGGUUGAUGAUGCGGAGUUUGAAGAGAAUGAAGUUUAUGCAAUUGAUAUUGUAGCCAGCACCGGAGAGGGAAAGCCAAAGCUGUUAGAUGAGAAACAGACAACCAUUUAUAAGAGAGCGGUCGAUAGAAGUUAUAACUUGAAGAUGAAAGCAUCUAGGUUCAUUUACAGUGAAAUUAGCCAGAAUUUUCCCAUUAUGCCAUUCUCUGCCAGGGCUUUGGAAGAAAAAAGAGCUCGUCUGGGUUUAGUGGAAUGCAUGAAUCACGAGCUUCUGCAACCUUAUCCUGUUCUACAUGAAAAAUCUGGUGAUUAUGUUGCACAUAUCAAAUUCACUGUCUUGCUUAUGCCUAAUGGUUCAGAUCGUAUCACAUCUUAUCCACUCCAGGAAAUUCAGCCUACUAAAACAGUAGAUGAUCCUGAGAUUAAGGCCUGGUUAGCAUUGGGUGUAAAGACAAAGAAGAAGGGUGGUGGGAAGAAGAAGAAAGGUAAGAAGGCGACUGAAGGUGAAGCAGAAGCUGAUCACAUGGAUACAACAAACGGUGCCAGUGCCACAACCCAGGAGCAAAAUUGA